AUGGCCACAUCCUACCCCUCAUCUUUUCUUGAAUAUCUUUGGCUAGCAGAGAGAAAACCCGAGGCUCGAACUGAGUUGGCGAACCGAAGCCGCGUCUUGGGAACAGCAGGUUUAGAGACACCACCAAUGGUUGUUUCCUUCGAGAUCCCCGUCCAUGAUGGCGGCUACCUCGGCUCAUCCCAACGCUGCAAACUGGACGAUGCCAGCGACCAUUCGAAGAUCUGUGGACGGCUGGUCGAACUCCCUUUGCGGCGUCGGCCUUCUCACCGGCACCGACGUGCCAUCAUCUUCCGUCCUGAUCAGAUCAGCCCCGAGCCCAUCUGGGUCAAGGUGGAUGAGCAAUGGAGAAUCACGGUAGAUUCUGUCCCUGAACCAGGACAGCCGGUUGUCCGCCAAAUGUGCGUGAACAUGGGCAUCACUGUCCAGGGGCAGGAGGUCGGACAUGCCAUCACUCUGGCCUGCAUUCACCCUUGCCCCUCCUCGGACGAGAGCAUCAACAAGAGCAUAUACUCUCUCGGCCCUCCAGGCCAAAUGUGUAUUUGGCAAGGAACCUACCUGGCCUACGCCUGGAAUCCAGUCCCCAUAAAGGAGCCGCCAACGACUGCCAGUACCACAACCACACCAUCGAAACGGAAAGGUCCUGAUGCGAAAGAGGCUCUCGUCGCCAUCCAGGACGUCGUCGACGUGACAGCUCGUGACUUUCGUUUCCUGCUCGACUACUUCCGCCACCACCAUUUCAACCCCGUCAUCGUGCAGCCACAGCGGUAUUCCGGGCCAAAAGUUAUGGCACUCAAGCUCAACAAUACCAAGAGCCGCGUCAUGAAAAAGCUCGGAGUCACCACCACGAAGGACUCCGUGGAACCCGUCGAGGUGGUCCCCGUCAUGGCCUCGACAACGGAUGGCUGCGGAGCGGAGGAAUCUCCCUGUUAUGCUGCUCGCCAUCUCGGAGUGGACUGGAUCUUGCGACCGGGCGUCAACCUAGACAGUCAAGGUAAUAUGCUGGGGUUCCUCAGGGACUACUCCAUGAAAUACGACUCCAUCAAGGGCACCUCGAUGCGCUGGGUCAACCACUGGAUGCGGACCGUCCGCACCGAAACCGGAACCGGAACCGAAACCGGGGCCCAAGGAGGCGAACGCGGCGGCGCCCAGAGCCCGACCAAGGUGGAGGAUGUGAUCAUCUCUCACCCCAGCGUCAUCGUACUCCACGGCAGCCCGCCCCGGAAGGUCACCAGGGAGCACGUCUCCAUGUUCAACGAGCACUGCGACAUCCUCAAAGCCGCAGGAAAGUACCCCGUGCACACACAAGACUGGUGGAAUUUCGUCCGCCUUCUGGAAAGGCGCGCGACGGCGCAGGGCGACGUCAUCCAGCACCUAUCCGACAUGAUGGGCAAAGACUAUGCUACCGGCCUGCCCCCGCCAGAAGACAGUCUCAGGAGAUGGGGGCAGCAUUACUUCAAAUCUGGUGGUGGUGGUGACGACGACCGCGACGAUGAUGACGAUGACGACGGUGUGGCCACCCCGACCGAGGAGAACCCCGGGCCAUUCCCUGCCCCCUCCUCGACAAAUAACCGGGAGGCCGAGGCGGCCGCGAUCCAGGAAUCGAUGGCCCUGGCUGCCCAGCCGCUCCCCGAGGCGGAGCUCUCUCCAGCCUACUCACUACGUCCCACUCAGGCUCCGGCUCCUGCUCAGGCUCCGGCUCCUGCUCAGGCUCCGGCUCCUGCUCAGGCUCCGGCUCCCGCUCAGGCUCCGGCUCCCGCUCAGGCUCCGGCUCCCGCUCAGGCUCCCGCCCCGGACCACCUCAGGUUGCGCUCAGGGGAGAGUGAGCAGACCGCGGUCAGUGACUUCUUCGUACAUUCCCAGAUGACGGAGAACAUAAUAUACCGCCUGAUGCAGACCCAGCAGGAGCACAUGAACUCGGUGAGCAAGUCGCUCGACAAGAUGAAGGACGUCGAGAGGAUCAAGUGGAACGAGCUCCUGAAGCUCCAGCGGGAGCAGCAGGAGAAGGCGAAGCAGGACCAGCAGCGCAUGCAGGAGGCCGUGGACCGGUUCAUCGGCCACAGCCGGCAGUCCAGCGAGGUUUUCACGCGCUCGGUGAAGGACUUGGCUGGGAGGAAGGACACGGUGGGCCAGGAGGCUGUGCAAGCACUUAAAGCCCAGCAGGCGCGCUUCCAGGAGCAGAAUGGGGCGCUUGCUCAGGCGGUGGAAGGGGUGAGGGCGCUUUGCGAGAGUUUGAAGAGUCGGUUCGAGGCGAAUGCCGAGGCGCAGCGAAAUAUGGAGGUGCAGCGGGAGAGGGAGAGGAAGAAAGAGAGGGAGCAGGAUCUAAAGAGGGAGAAGGAGAGGGAGAGAGUGUGGCAGAUGGAACGAGAGAGAGAGCGGGAGAGGGAAAAGGAGAGGGAAAAGGAGAGGGAAAAGGAGAGGGAAAAGGAGAGGGAAAAGGAGAGGGAAAAGGAGAGGGAAAAGGAGAGGGAACGAGAGAGAGAACGAGAAAGAGAACGAGAGAGAGAACGAGAGAAGGAGAAGCAGAGGGAACAAGAGAGGGAGACGACGAGACAAAUGUCUGCCGCCGAAGUUGUUGCUUCUCCUCAACAACCCCAGCAAGUCCAUCAGCAUCACACACUGGCAUCGGGGCCCGAGACGUGCCUCCGAGGACGGUUGGGGGGGGCGAAGAAGCACAAGCACAGCAGCCUCCAUGUCCAUCUCCAGUUCGACCUCUGA